AUGGCCUGCGUGAAGCUGGGGCCAGGUGUCCCGACGUGGCCGGGCGGAGCCAGCUGUGUUCGAAGCGAUCGCCUAGAGGGGCUGCGGCCUUUGCCCCGCAGAACUCCAGGAGCCGCUUUCCAGGCUUCGCAGUUGGUGCUGCCUCUGUGCUUCCUGCAGCUCAGUAGGUGCCGGCCUAGCCGCGCCUCCCGCGCUUCCCGCGCUUGCGCCUCUGGCGCCUGGCGUUCGCAUGCACGGGGGCGCGUGCGCAUGCGCGCGGAGCCGGGUGCGGCCCUGACGCAGGAGCCCUGGCGCCUGGUCCUGCCGGCGUUGGCUGCGAGCCUCGUGAGCUUCGCGCUGUACCCCUCCGUGUCGCUGCUGGUGGCGUCCCAACUGGACUCGGUGGCCUUGGUUGUCAUCAAGGGGGACGUGUCCCAAUUCAUGCAGAACUUCUUCAACUUCAACAGCUUGCUCUUCUCCUUCUUCAUCUCCCAGACCUACGCGUCGCUGUAUCAGCAGCAGGAGAGCUUGUACGUGGCCCUCUAUGCCGAAAUCUCCGAGGCCAGGUCUUUGCUGGAGCAGCUGACGCUGGUCUCGCAGAAUAGGCCGAGCUACGGAUCCAUGCUGGCGAGCAUGCCGCAGCCCAAGACGCCUGGGAAGCGGAAAGUUGUGACGGAGUGGGGCAAUUGGACCAAUCCCGUGGAGUUUUGA